AUGCGAUAAACUUCAGUACAACCACAGCUUGCCAAGUGCAUCUGUUAUCAUUCCGUUCUACGAUGAGUGGCUGUCGGUGUUACUGAGAACCGUAUACAGCAUCAUUAACAGAUCACCGAGACAUCUGAUCAAGGAGAUCAUUCUAGUCGACGACGCCAGCACUUUAG